CAGUGGUGGUCUGAAUAUGACACGCGUGACGCGCAUCCAGGGCUUCCAGCGCCCGUUCUCCCGCGACCAAGUGACGAGCUGGGUGCUGCAGCCAGUGCUCAUUGCCGCAUUCGUAGCUCUCACCACGUCGUACCUUCCCGGCCUCCUGGCGUUGUGGGUACUGAUUCCGUACGGCGUGUUCGUGGCUGUGUUUGGCGUGUGCUGGUUCCUCUGUGAAGUGCGCAACCCAGCCAGCCCCACCGCUGUCGCCAAGUGGUGUGUGCCUGUGCCGUCCAAGCCCACGCGAUAUUGCACCGUGUGCAAUAAAAACAGUCCCGGCCUCGACCACCAUUGCACGUGGCUCAACACGUGCAUUGGCGACAACAACUACGAGCCAUUUUUCAUCCUCAUUGUGUCUGGCACGGUUCUCACGUCAUACCAAGCCGUGGUGGGCAUUCUCAUGGCGAGUACGUGGCACGCUGACAUUGCAGCGCUACACUCGCCCACCGGGAAUACGUCGGGGGGGGCGCUAGCCGCCCUCUGGAUCCACAACGCCGUUUGCAUCAUCUUAGCCAUUGCCUACGGCGCCCUCACGUCGUUUCACGUGUACCUGUUGGUGCUGCGCAUGGGAACUUAUGACUACAUCCUUAAGCACGGCGCCAACAACCGGUUCCUGUGGCUGUUGCGGUGCCAAUGCCAUAAGAAGGCCCAUGCGGCCAAGAAGAAGAACACACCCAAGAAUCACCCUCCCUUUAACGACCAGGACUCGAUCUCGACCGUCACAACCACUACUUCGGACCGCAAAGCAAGCAAGUCCAAGGUUGGCCACACGUCGUCGGUCCAGCAUUCGUCCAAGGAAAGCUGUUCCGCGCCAUCGUCGAGCGACAUUAGUGCGUGGAAGGCGGAAUGGCUCAAGAAACACGGCGGCGACGGUGACGAGAAUGAUGAUGAUGGAUGUGUCCGCUCGACGGAACCCUCGAGCGAGAACGACAUGGCGCGGACUCGAAAGGUCAGCGCCAACACUAUCCUCGUCGAGGUGGAUGGCGCGCUGCCGUCGUCGCCAUCGUCCGUGGCGCCGAUGGCAGCGAAUGGAAACGAGAGCUUUCAUGACGUCGACUUGUGCGAAUGAGCACAAGCAUGCAUAACAUAUAUAUAUAUACGAUUCAAGUGUCGAAUUUGAACAUGCGUGCCAUCAUCAUCCGUCGGUGGAAGCGGACGAAGACGUGGCAUCGCGGCGGAAGCUGCCAGACAACCCAUCGGGGGCAAGCUGUAUCCGCGCCACUCCCUUGGCCGUCUGGAACACCGCCGCCCAGUUCUCCAUGAUGCGCAACGCUUCUAUAGCCACAUGAGCCUUCAUGAUACAUAUUGAUGAUGGUUCAUACUUUCAUUCUCGCCUUGGAUCAUGUCGAAUUCCUCGCAGACCUGCUCCAGGUAGACCACCAAGUCCCGCGACGACGUGCGCAGUUGCUCGAGCCGCGCCAGCUCGUCGGCCAUGUUUCAAAUGUG